CAUCACGACCCAUGCAAUUAGUCCAUCUCCAGUUACGGCACGGGAAUCAGCUGUGCAAUAACCACUUCAGUGUAAUUUUGUAAAUGUUGUUAUUUUUAGACAUAAAUUAAACGUUAAAUGUAACGUACGUUGACAAGUCCAAGAACACACACAGGCAACAAUGUCGUGUUAUUAUCGACAAUAUGAAGACACAACGGUCACAAUUCCCAAAUAUUCCGUCGAAAGCUCAGCGGGGAUCACAUAUUAUGACAUCAAGGUUCAGGUGGCGAACGUGGAAUGGUUUGUGGAGCGACGCUAUCGCGAUUUCGCUCAACUGCACGAAAAGCUCGUCGAGGAGAUAUCAAUCAGCAAAAAGCUGCUGCCGCCAAAGAAGCUAGUGGGCAAUAAGCAGCCCGCGUUCCUGGAACAGCGUCGCGAGCAACUGGAAAUCUAUUUGAGGGAGCUGCUCAUUUAUUUUCGCAACGAGCUGCCACGUUUGCUGGCCGAAUUCUUAGAUUUCAACAAGUAUGACAUCAUCUAUCUGCUACAGGAUCUGGCCAGGGUCUUCAACGAGACCGGCGAUGCACUCCUGAGUGCCAAAAAGGAGUACAGCCUCUCGGCUCUAGAGGUUUAUGCCAUCAGUGAGCGCCUCUCCUUGCCCUGCCCACCGAGUGAACUAGGCGGCAAAUUUGACUUCUCGCAUGUGCUGGACUUUAGCAUGCAGCUGGCGGCAUUGGUGGUGACGCCGGUUAAGGACAACACCAGUUUUGUGCAGGACUACAAUACGGUGGAUGUGCCAAUUGGACGCAGCAAUAUCAUUCCGAAUCGCUUAAGCUUCAAUUUGAAUGCAUUCCGUAAUCUCAAAACUCUCAAAUUCUCAGCACUGUCCACGGAGAAUAUUGUGGACAUUGAGCCGUUGAAGCCAACUCUGGAAACGAUCUGUGUGCACAACACAACAAUUACACAUAUCAAUCAGGUGCUGCUCUGCGAUAAUCUGCAUAAAUCGUGCGAUGUGCCCAGCCUGGUGCCGGAAACGAUAGCCGAAAAUGGUGACGAUGCCCUGCUUACCACGGAUGCAUGGAGUGAGCUUAGCGAACUGGACUUGACCGGCAAUCUAUUAACACAAAUCGAUGGCAGUGUACGCACUGCACCCAAACUGCGUCGCUUGAUACUCGAACAGAAUCGCAUACGCAACGUGCACAAUCUGGCGGAGCUGCCACAUCUGCAGUUGCUGUCGUUGUCGGGUAACUUGAUUGCCGAAUGUGUGGACUGGCAUCUAAGCAUGGGCAAUUUGGUGACCCUAAAACUGGCACAGAACAAGAUCAAAACGCUGAAUGGACUGCGCAAGUUGCUCUCCUUGGUCAACUUGGAUUUGAGCUGCAAUCUCAUUGAGCAGCUAGAUGAAGUUGAUUUUGUUGCCAAUCUGCCGCUCCUAGAGACUCUGCGACUCACUGGUAAUCCUCUUGCAGGCAGUGUCGAUUAUCGUCCUCGCGUCUUAGCGCGUUUCCACGAGCGUGCUGCUGAAAUCUCGCUGGACAAUGAGCCGGGCACCCAACAGGAGCUAGACACUGCGCUUGUAUUGUCCGCCCUACUGCAAUCUAAACAGCGACAACAGCAGAAAUGACCAAGAACAGUACAAUUCCAAUCCUCGAAAAAUAGCCCUAAUCAAAAAAAGUAUUCUUCUGGUGUCAAAAAGAGUUUAAGUUCAGUUAGUUUAGUAGCAGAGCGAGUCUUCUAGCUACAUCAGACUUGCUUUCAAAAUCCAACCUAUGUGCGAGCUAAGGAAUUGGCAUUGAAAGACUCAAACUGUUCUUACCAAUAUACAAAAUUUUAUUUUA